AUGCCUUCUGAAGUCAUAUGUUCCUCAAUGAACAUUACCGAUAUAACUAAUACUUCAGAUCUUAUGAAAGGAACAAAUUUAUAUAUCAAUAAUCAAAGAAAUACUAAAGAUUUUAAUGUUGAUUCAGAAGGCACAAAAAGUGAUAUUAUUGAAUAUACAGUUACUGAAAAUUUGUACAAAAAUAAUAUGCGUUUCAAUAUUUAUUGUGCUGGUACUCUUCUAGAUUUUGUACAAAAAUUUAGACUUUUUAAGGAUUGUAAACAUUUUGUUGAUAUGCCCCUUAAAUAUGACGCUGAGGUUGUAAUAAAAAAAUGGACAAAAUUACUUGAUAAUUGUAGUGGUGAAGUUGAUAAAAUACAAGUUGAAAAUUUUGUUAUUGAAAAUUUUGAUGAACCAGGUGAGGAGUUAGAAAAUUAUAUGCCACAAGAUUACAACAUUGGUCCAGACAAUCUUAAACAAAUAUCUGAUGGUAAUUAUCGUCAUUGGGCUUUAAAUCUUCACGAUCGUUGGCCAACAUUAUGUAGACAAGUUAAAGAAAGUGUAAAAAAUAAUGCAGAUAGAUAUUCAUUAAUUGCAUUACCUAAACCAUUUAUUGUUCCUGGUGGAAGAUUUCGUGAAAUGUACUAUUGGGAUAGUUUUUUUACAAUAAAAGGUUUAUUAGCAAGUAAAAUGUAUAAAACAGUUCGUGAUAUGAUUGAUAAUAUGGGAUUUAUGAUCGAUAAAUAUGGUUUUAUACCAAAUGGUAAUAGAAUAUAUUAUCUUAAUAGAUCACAACCACCAUUAAUGAGUUGGUGUAUUGAUGCAUAUAUUAAAGAGACCGGUGAUUAUGAUUUUAUUCGUACAGCAUUACCAUGGAUAGAAAAAGAAUUACAUUUUUUUAAAUUAAAUAAAACAAUUAAACUUGAUGAAUGGAAAAGUCAUCUUUAUAGAUAUCAUGUUAAUGUUGAUUCACCAAGACCAGAAAGUUAUCGUGAAGAUUUAGAAUGUUCUGAAGAUUGUGAAAAUUUAAAAUGUAAACAAAUUAUGUGGGGUGAAAUUGCUGCUGCUGCAGAGAGUGGACGUGAUUUUAGUUCAAGAUGGUUUGUUAAUAUUAAUUCAGUAAUGGGAAAUAUAAAGUCUAUAAGAACAAGUCGUGUUCUUCCUGUUGACUUAAAUGCAAUAUUAUUAAAAAAUCUUAGUAUUGCAGAAGAGUAUUGUAUUUAUGUUGGUGAACAUGAAAAAUCAGAAAAAUAUAGAUAUGAAAAAGAACAAUUAAAAGAAAUGAUACAACAAAUAUUAUGGAAUGGUGAUUUAGGAUGUUGGUUUGAUUAUGAUAUGGAUAAAAAGCAUCAAAUACUAACAUAUUAUGAUACAAAUUUUUUUCCUCUCGUUACUGGUAUAAAUCUAGAUAAACAAGAUCAGGAAAAAAUCGCAAGUUAUAUAUCAACUGUUGGUCUUCUUAAAUAUCCAGGUGGUAUACCAACAUCACUUCAAGUAUCUGGAGAACAAUGGGAUUUUCCAAAUGCUUGGGCUCCAACAACAUGGAUACUUAUUGAAGGUUUAAAUAAAAAUGGUCAACAGGAAUUGGCUAAAUUUAUUGCUGAUAAAUGGUUAAGAAAAAAUUAUACUGUAUGGAAAGAUACAGAAGGUAAAAUGUUUGAAAAAUAUAAUGUAACAACUGGAUGUGCAUUAAAUAUUGCUGGUGGUGGUGAAUAUUUUGUUCAAGAAGGUUUUGGUUGGACAAAUGGAGUAAUUUUAGAUCUUUUAAUGAGAUAUAAAAAUGAUGCUAAAUAUGAUGAUGGAGAGAUGCAAUGUAAUAAUUGUAUUUGCAAAAAAGUUACAAAAAUUGAAAGAAAAAAUAGUUGUUCUGUUGAGAUUCAUGAUAUUAAUAUACCAUCAUUGGAAGCAAAGCAUAAUUUAACUUUAUCAGCAACAAUUUCUGGCUAA